AUGCCUACAGUGUCGCUAGAGCAGGUGGAGGAGCUGUGGUACCCCAGCCUUGGCUUCAUCAACACAGCCGACAUCCAACACACAGAGGUGGACCACGACGCCAUCACCACCGUCAUCAGGCUCCACCACAGCUUCGUCAGGGACCUCUCUAACUCCUACGAAGUGGAGAUUUACCAAGGGGACACGAACACCUUGUCUACCACUCGCAAGUACAGCACUAUCUUCACCUGCAACUUCGACCUCUUGCUCUAUCCCUUCGACAUCCAGACGUGCUCCAUGCUCCUCCAGAUACAAUCAGCCUCCACCGACUAUCUCAUCUUCAACUCUUCAGGUUCCUUUGUGGAGUAUCUGGGUCCAAAGUUCUUGGUGGAGUAUGGCAUCGGGAAGAUCGACCUGCAGGUGGACAACGACAGACACUACAGCCGGAUGAGUGUUCACGUCGAGCUCAUCCGUCGCUACGGGUAUGCCAUGCUCAACAUCUACAUUCCAACACUCAUCCUCCUCGUCAUCAGCUACGGAACCCUCUUCUUUAGGCCAAACAUUUUCGAGGUGAGUAUGUUAACGU